CCCCGGUGCCGUCCCCGGUCCCACCAUGGCGUUCCCGAGGCCGCGGCCAGCCCGGCCCGAGCUGCCCCGGCAGCGGGUGCAGACCCUGCAGUGCGGCCAGGGAGCGGUGAGGGCCGCCCGCUUCAACGGUGAGACCGCGCACCACGGGGAUACCGGGGAUACCGGGAGGGAACGGGGGGAAACGGGGGACGGGGGGAGAGAGCAGGAGCUGGGGAUGGAGGCCACGGUGCGGUGCUGGGACUGCCGCUCCCGCCGCCCCGACCCCAUCCAGGUGCUGGACGAGGCCAAGGACGGAAUCUCCAGCGUGAAACUCUCGGGCCACGAGAUCCUGACGGGCUCCGUGGACGGGCGGGUCCGGCGCUACGACCUCCGGGCAGGGCAGCUCUGCUCCGACUACAUCGGCAGCCCCAUCACCAGCGUGUGCUUCAGCAAGGACGGGCAGUGCGUGCUGGCCGCCAGCCUGGACUCCACGCUGCGCCUGCUGGACAAGGACACCGGGGAGCUGCUGGGCGAGUACACGGGUCACCGCAGCACGACCUACAGGCUGGACUGCGUCCUGAACGAGCAGGACACGCACGUGGGCUGCGCCUCCGAGGACGGCCACGUCUACUUCUGGGACCUGCUGGAGGGCUCGCUGGCGCUCAGCUUGCCCGUGGGCCAGGGCGUGGUGCAGUCACUGGCCUUCCACCCGCGCCUGCCCUGCCUGCUGGUGGCCACCCAGGGCCAGGUGACGCUGUGGCGAGAGGACACCUUCCAGCCCGAGGGGGACCCCGACACCUGAGGGGGACCCCAACACCCGAAGGGGACCCCAACACCCGAGGGGGACCCCGACACCUGAGUGGGACACGGGAGGACACCUUCCAGCCCGAGGGGGACCCCAACACCUGAGGGGGACCCCAACACCCAAAGGGGACCCUGACACCUGAGGGGGACACGGGAGGACACCUUCCAGCCCGAGGGGGACCCCAACACCCGAAGGGGACCCCAACACCCGAGGGGGACCCCGACACCUGAGGGGGACCCCAACACCUGAGGGGGACACGGGAGGACACCUUCCAGCCCAAGGGGGACCCCAACACCCGAGGGUGACCCCGACACCUGAGGGUGACCCCAACACCCGAGGGGGACACGGGAGGACACCUUCCAGCCCAAGGGGGACCCCAACACCCGAAGGGGACCCAACACCCGAAGGGAACCCCAACACCCAAAGGGGACCCCGACACCCGAGGGGGACACGGGAGGACACCUUCCAGCCCGAGGGGGACCCCAACACCCGAGGGUGA